CACAGGAGUAGAGGAACCCAAAGAAGGGGAAGAAAAUGGCCCAGAAAUGAAGCAUAGCAGCUCUUUUCAAAAAAUGCUGGAGGCAAUAGCCGAAGAAAGAGAAAGGGACAUGCGUAAACUACGACUUUCAAAUGACUUCAUCAUUAUCUCACCAAAUCAUUUCUGGCCAGAACUCUUUAGGACACACUUUGUCGAGCCUGGCGAUCGAGGUGCCGAUGAACUGCGGGACGAUCUGUUAUUUUUUGUGCGGAAAACACCAACAAAUUCAAAAAUAAGAAAUGUCAAGACUGAUAUAGAAGUUUACAGGAGAGAAUCUAAAAACUUGCCGUCAUUUGAAGAAAAAUAUAUUGACUGGGAAGAAACUGUUUACUUAAAUCUCAUUUUACAACAGUUCGAGUAUACAGUAACAUGUGCAAUAUGUUCAAGAACAGGAGAGAAGGAACUACAAAUACUUAAAAAGUUCUCGCAGCGUGUGUACGCAUCACCGAGCAGACGACAGAUGGACUCCAAAGGGACGGAGGAAGAGAUUACAUAUCCAAAUAUAUUUUUCACUGUAGAUAAUUUUGAAGAGAUCUUUGCAGACUGUAUAGUACGAGAUAGCGAAAUGGUGUGUGUAGAAUUAAUAGCGACGGACAAAUAUGGUGAAUUCCAAGGGGUGUUGUUUCUGGGCUCGAUACGUUACGAUGCAUUAAAAAGGGUUUAUGAUGCCAGGAAUAGUAUGUCAUCGCGAUUUGUUCAAAGAAUGUCCAUGGGGUGGUUCCAAGGUCAUCGGAGGGUCGAAUUUGUGCGAAUGCGAGGCCCAGGAGGCAAAGGUCACGCUGAGAUGGCCGUCAGCAAAUUAAAAGGUGCUCCUGAAACUCCCGAUACAGAAAACUUCCCGAUAAAUGACUUUGAAGAUGACCAAGACCAGAAUCAGUAUAAUCAGAGACGAAUGAGCGACCCAAGUUCAAUGCUCGGCUCGUGGAUGAAGGGUAGCUUUAAGAAGGGUAUGCGCAAAUCACGAUCAGAAACGGAAAGCGUCGACAGUAACCUUGGUUACGAUGGCUGUACCGAGGUGGAGGCAGCUCAUCCAGAAGACGGUAGGGGAUCAGAGUUAGCGACCACUGAGAAUUAUGACGGCUUCCUCGGCUCAACGUUUGGACAGGCAUGGCACUGGUUCAAGGAGAGGAAGAGAGCAAGUUGUCAGCCCUUGAAUUCCUACCUUACAUACGUCACGCUACCGUGGCAUCGGAUUAUUGCCGAUAUUUUAGACAAACAAGAAGCCAUUUUGACCUUCUGACCAUCAAAGGCACCUCGAAUGUCUGCGACCGACGACAAAAGCCAACACUGACAUUCUGAGGUGCUACAAGACUAUUGGACAAUAGCCAGCAAUAUCGACCAAUCAUACUGCAGAUCAUGACGCAACUCUUGACAGUAUUAUGGGAUGCAUACUGCUUCUUACUCUUCCAAGUGUCGAAAUUCAUUCCGGAUGAAAAUAAGAGAUUCCAGACCUAUCAGCAUGGACAUUGAGUUAACAAUUCCAUGGGAUACAAUAAUAUGUAUCAUGUAUCAUUCAAAGAGUAUUCAGAUUCUGAAGGCGUUGACGAAUUACGCUAUUUUACAUGUUUACCAUUUGGCUUUCCACCUUACUGGAUCAGUACAAUCUAGUUAUGUGGAUGUGUGUGGGGAGAAGAGGGGUAGGGUGGAAGUUGUCACUGGUUCUCAUUGGCAUGGUGUGGCUGGUGAUGCUCCGAGUCUACCCUUGAGUGGUGAGGCUAUAGGAUACACGUUGACACUUGCAUGAGAUCAGAUUAUGAAGGCUCGAUAUGUAUUGUACAAUAAGCAGUUCCAUAAAUAUCAAUUGAAGCCGAAGAUGCUCCAGCAUUUACAAUAAGUGUGCAUUCGGUACACAGACAGUAUGGCUGAAAGGGUGGAUGUCGUCCUGGAAGCUGGGUGCUAUUUGUCUAGUGUAAUGGCACCCAGGGUGCUUAUUGUCCAGUCGAUCUCGAACCUGGGUACCAUUUGUCGGCACCCAGGACGACAUCCACCCUUUCAGCGACAGUAUGUGUUGUUAAAGGCUUAAGAAUGAUUUAAGAUGUAGAAUUUUGCCCAUCAUUUCAGUAAAAUUCUACAUUCCUUUACGGAGGAGCAUUUAUUAGUGAAUGUGGCAUUUUACAUAUACAUGCAGUCAUGUAAACAUCAAAGUUAUUUUUGUAAAAAAAGAUACAUAAUCACUAGUCCGUCUGGUCUUGUCUAGUCCUUGAUCAUGUAAGUUUGGUUGCUUAACUUGUCAUCUCAUGCUUGUAGAGAAGAUGUACUUAUACAUGAAAGGGAAAUGCUUUAUAAUGUAGGCAGAUAUAGGGUUCGCGUAUAAACUCACCGGAACGCUCAUGAAAUGUUGUUGUACAAAGUGCAAGCUUACAUAUGUAAUGUAAUGGUGAUUUGUUAUCUUUUAUUUACAGGAAACUAUUUAUUCAAUCCGGUUGUACUGAGACAAGAUGUCAACAACAUUUUAUACAAAUGUAGGGGGGGAGCAGCGCACCCAAUGGCAAGUUGAUUGGGUAGCGUGCGGGAGAGCCAUUAUCAUGAAAUGGAUGUAUGUUAUCUCGAAUGAGUUGCAAGGUAAUGUAGUACAUGUACACAUCUGCCUGUGCAACAAACAUGUGCAACUUUUAUAUUUUGUUGAGAGUUAGUAUGAAAAUCAGUUUUAUCAAGAGGCUUUAGAUACUUAGAUAUGUCAAAUGUAGAACCGAAUCCUUUUUGGAUGUCUCAAAAAUGUCAUUCAUUUGAUCAAAGCUAUUUGUCUGGUUUGUCUUAACCCUAAAUGUGUUAUAACACUGGUUAUACUAUAUACUUAUUUGAUACACUAUCACUUGCAUUUCGUUUGUAUAUUUUGCUUGUAAAUAUUUUGUAAGAUAAUGAAAUGAAGCAUUUAUCAUGGCUGUGGCAGAAAUCCAAUGUUCUUGUACAUUACCUUCACAAGUCACUCGAUCCAAACAUAGUUUUAUCAUCAUGGAAUAAUUCAGAGUGUAACAUGCCCAUGUAAAAAAUGUGGCAAGACUCAAUAUUUUACAUUAUUGUAACCUGUAUUACUGUAAAUACUUUUAAUCAUCAAUUUAAAUUGCCUGCCACUUUAAAAUGUAUGAAAUCAAAGGGCAGUGAAAAACAAAAUUUUCUUAAAUUAUUGUUAUACAUAAUCUUUUUAUUUCUAGAUCCUUUUUAUGUUGACAUCCAAACCAUGAUAGCAACCUGAUACAUUUGGCUAUAUUAUGUUAGCCUAUUGGUAUCUUGAGUAUCAUUAUUGACAGAAAACCCUGUUUUACUACAAGAACACCUGUUUUAUGAUCUCUUUUUGUCAUGUCAUUUCUAUUGUAAUUCUGCAACAACCUGGCAAUGUUCAAUCAAAUUAAUAUUUGUAUUUUUAUACCUAAUUAUACAAUGAUUUAUAUUAAGUUUUGUGCAUGUAUGUGUUGUACAUGUAAUGUCUGUGAAAGUUUUAGUAUAAAGUAUUACUGUGGACAAUGGUACACUGGUUAUACUACUACAGGAAGUUUACAAUAUUCGUUGUUGUUUAGGGUGGUCAAUUCGACUCGACAAAUUUGUCCAACUUCGAUAAAGGUUUUAUCUUGGCUGCAUUAGUAUGUGCACGGGCUACCUCCACAUUCUGAUAAGAUAGUUAAUGGACUCUUAAAGGGGGACUAUAGACAGGAGAAGAGGGGCUAAUUUAGCCGUCUUCAAGUGACUAAUAUACACAGUAUGGGCCCUGGGUCAUGUCAGAUUCAGCACUAGAUAUAUUCCUCGUACAAGCGUGAAUCAUUUCGACGUACUGUGAGGUGUGAGAGACCCCUAUUGGCGACUUCGUGUAACUUUAUCUUGCCCUAUCUUGCUGCCGCCUAUAUUGUCCCUUUAACUUUCUGUUAUUUAUUUUUGAAAGAUGCUACAGUACUUCAGAUGUUUUAUUCAAAUAUCAAACACUACUACAUUUAGUUAAUGGGGAGUUUUAAUUUACGCAUUUGAUAGCUGAUAGCGGUUGUUCAAUGACCUCACAAUGGUCACAUGGUUCCUAUAAAUGUUCUGUUGAUUUGGGGUCAGUGUCUGUCGCUGUGAUGACUACAAAACUGUCAUGUCAUGACGUUUUGUGGUCCUCCUUUUCAGCGUUGCCGCUGCGUUGAUCUGUGACUUUGUGUGACAUCUUGAAGGCCAGGAUGUUGUCGCCAUGAGGUAAUCAGUCUAAAUGUUUCAUGACCUGCAUUUUCUGAAGCGUUUGUAGGGAAGUGGGCGCAAUAGCCAUCAUCAUCCAGAUAUUGUAAUAUUUAUGGAGAAAUAUCAAUAUGUGAUGAAUAAAUAGUAAAAUGCAACUA